AUGGGUGAGCAGAAAGUGAUUGAAGAAAUAGAAGAAGCGAUGAAGAGCAAGACUUCUAUGGUUUUCGCCAUUAAUGGUGAAAGAUUCGAGCUCGAGCUCUCUUCCCUUGAUCCUUCAACUACACUCAUCGAUUUCUUGCGCAACAAGACUCCUUUCAAGAGCGUCAAGCUCGGCUGUGGCGAAGGUGGUUGUGGCGCUUGUGUUGUUCUUCUCUCAAAGUAUGAUCCAUUGCUCGAGAAGGUCGAUGAUUUCACAGUCAGCUCUUGUCUCACGCUCCUAUGCAGCAUCGACGGCUGCUCCAUCACUACCUCAGAAGGCCUCGGCAACAGCAGAGCCGGUUUCCACGCUGUCCACGAGCGUAUCGCCGGUUUCCACGCCACGCAAUGCGGUUUCUGCACUCCUGGAAUGAGCGUUUCCAUGUUCUCCGCUCUCUUGAACGCUGACAAGUCUCAUCCUCCUCCUCACAACGGUUUCUCAAACCUCACGGCUGCUGAAGCAGAGAAGGCUGUGUCAGGGAAUCUAUGCCGGUGCACCGGUUACAGACCGCUCGUGGACGCUUGUAAGAGCUUCUCAGCUGACGUGGACAUCGAAGACCUCGGAUACAAUUCCUUUUGCAAGAAGGGAGAACAAAACAGAGCCGAGGUUUUAAAAACUUUGCCUUGUUAUGAUCAUGCAACAUCUCAAGUCUGUAAGUUUCCUGAGUUCUUGAAGGAAGAGAUCAAGAACGGUAUGGUUCUUGAUCCAAGAAAGUACAGAUGGUCAAGCCCUGUGAGUGUCUCGGAGCUUCAGGGGUUAUUAUCAGAGGCUGAGAAUGGAAUGGCGGUUAAGUUAGUUGCGGGUAACACGAGCACAGGGUAUUACAAAGAAGAGAAACAGAGGACGUACGAACGGUUUUUCGAUGUAAGGCGGAUUCCGGAGCUUGCUGUGGUGAGAAGAGAUGAGAAAGGAGUUGAGUUAGGAGCUGCUGUGACUAUAUCGAAAGCUAUUGAGGUUUUGAGAGGUGAAGAGAAUGUUUCUAUGUUGGAGAAACUGGCGGAUCAUAUGGAGAAGAUUGCGAACAGGUUCGUGAGGAACACGGGGACGGUGGGAGGAAACAUCAUGAUGGCGCAGAGGAAACAGUUUCCUUCGGAUCUCACAACCAUACUUGUAGCUGCUAGAGCAACUGUGAAGAUCAUGAGUAGCGGCUCUGGUCAAGAAGAGUUUACCUUUCACGAUUGA